AUGGCAGACCAACCAGCAUCAGAAAACGCUUCUCCUUCGACUACUCCGUUACCUGAUGCUCCACCGGCCCCGAUAGAUCAGCAUCUGUACAUCCCCGAACCUGAGGUUGAGCCUGUACCAUCAACAAGCGCACCACGACCGAAGGCACCUGCACUGCUCAAGCAUAGGCUAUAUGUUGGGAACUUGUCUCAUACAAUGGACGAAUACGCGCUUAUACAAGUUUUCAGCAAGUUUGGCAAAGUAACCAAACUCGACUUCCUCUUCCACAAAUCUGGACCAAAUCGUGGAAAGCCACGAGGGUACGCUUUUGUGGAAUAUGCUGAGGAAGCGGACGCUCGAAAAGCAGUGGCGAACGCGAAUGGGAAGCUGCUUCGCGGACGCAAGCUCAUGGUUUCUCAUGCACAGGAGGCUUCUCCUGAAGCGUUAGCCGCCUCAAGUCAUAACUAUGGUUAUACACCAGGACAGCACGGUAGCGAGCGCAGACGCAUCGCGGCAGAACACCAGCCAACGGCGCUUAGUCUGCUUAAGAGUGCUGGUCAACAUGGACAUCGUAAUGAUGGGAUGUCGAACAAGAUAGCCCAGCUCGAGGCCAAGCUUCGUCAGAUGGAGGAACCUGCACGACGCGCAUUGCGCCCGCCGCCUGAAGCGGGUUUGCCCCAGCGGCCUCUGAUACCUUGCCCGCCUGAGCUUCCUGCUUCAAGGCAUGGGCCGGCAUCGACCGCGCAAGGCGGGAAAGGCAAAGAGAAGGAGGGACCACGCAAUGCAGCUCCUUCAUCAACCACUACUCCCGGCGCGCGGGCUAGAGUUACGCCAAAACAAUCGGCACCCAUAUCUAUGGCGAACAGGAAGGGAGGCUCGUCGCUGGGUGCAAAACCUACGCCUGAAGCACUCGCUGCGAAGAGUUUGACGCGGGCGAAGCAGGGGUCUUCUUGGGCUCGCCCUGGGCAAACUGAGUCAGGAACAGGGACAGGAACACCGGGAGGAGUUGCGUCCUCGCGGUAGCCUGCAGGUCACGGUGAUGUAACGCGGUUCUCAGCUUCGCGGCUAGCAACAUAAUGACGACCGUUGGUGCGGCGGGGGAGGAGAGGGAGGCACAAGAGGCAAGCAAGGUGACAUAAGGGUGAGGAUGAUUCGUUUCCAAUACUUUGGUUCAAGAGCAGCCGGCCACACGAUGGCAAGGCGAGCACAC